AUGUCAAAAACCACAGCUAAGGACCAGGCCCGAACCAUAUGCCGAGCCCGAUUCGACUCCGCCUCGCGGGCCGCCCUCGCCUGUGCCAUAGUGGGCUUGACCGCCCUAUACGGGCCCACGCCCCUCGUGGCCCAAAUCAAAUUCCUCCCCUUCUCCUACCUCGUCCUCAUUCUAACACUUUCCAACAAUGCCUCCACACUCGGCCACUCGGUCCGUGGAUUUUGGCACAUUCUUUUCGCCACAAUCCAAGUCGUCCCUAUCGCUGCCUUUGGCUGGUGGCUAGCGGCUCCGGCGGCGGCGCCGCCGCUAGGCGUGGCGGCAGUGGUGGCGGCGGUGGCGGCGUUCUUGGUGGUUCUACCUCGAUCGACUCACGUCACGGCCAAGAGGAUUGCUUUAGCUCAAAUUACGCUCGUGUGCACGGAGCUUAUUGUUGGCUCGGACGACACGCGUCAC